UCCAUUGGGUUUUCUCUUUUCAAGCAACACUGUUAUCUUGUGUAUGAUAAACAAUGUUGAUUUAGUCGAAAAAUUUAAUUAAUUUGUUUACGCUGAUACGAAGAUAUUCUGUGUCUCCACCAAUUGUGCGUUUAGUUUCGUGCAGUACCUGAAGUAGUCUCCUCGAUUAUGGCCAAGAGUAUGAAAAUGGCAUCUUCAUUUGGAGGAAAACUUGGUGGGAAGAUGGGACAACAAACCAAUCCCACUCCUAUGUCGCCCGACACAGAAGGCGCUGCUAGUCUGCUGACUAUACCCAUAAUAAAAACAAAAGAUUGUCCGAAACAACUGCCCGUCUACACAUCGGCUCUUAACAAACCUGCAGAUGAUUUCUUGGCAGCAGACGAGUUGGACAAUAUCCAACUGGAACUGGAGACGCUUCUAUCGAGUGUGGCGCUACGUUAUCGUGUUUUGAAACUGGAAUAUGAAAAUCUAGACAAGGAUGAGAAGAAUAAGGAUAGUAAAAAAAGCAAGCACUCGCUGCAACUGCUGGGCCAAACGGGUGAGAAGCAGCCCACCUCACCAGCAACUUCUAUGGUGAACAGCGGUAAGCGUAAACGAGAUGAAACUUCGUUGGUGCGUAAACCUAAACACACUACAUUAAAACAAGCCAAAAAUAUGCACAGCAAGAAUAGUCCUUUGGCACCUCAGACUGAUGAUAGCUUAGAUUGCCCACCUGGGGUGCACGGUGUUGCUAGAGAUAUACAAAAACCCAUACCCGCCAAAAUAGACACACCCAACAAAUUCUGGCUCUCCGUAGAGCCCUAUUGUAUGCCCUUGACCAAUGAAGACUUGCGUCUUCUAGACGAUUUGAUGGAACAGUACAAUGGACCACUGGUACCUCCCAUACCCGAAUUGGGUCCUCAUUACUCCACCCUUUGGGCUACGGAGGACAUGAAGGAAAUUCAACAGGGCUCCAAUCCCAAUUCAAAUAAUCGUUUAAAGCCUCAAAACAAUGGAGGAGUCAACAAUAUGCUAAAGAAAGCCGACUCCAUAGUGGAUGAGUGUGUUACAGGACCUUUAACACAACGCUUAGUUUCGGCUCUCAUGGAAGAACAACUGAUACCAAAUCCUGUAGAUGCUGUGGCCGACAACAGUAAUAGCAGCAGUGAGAAUACGCAUUCAUCGGCACCCAUGAGUUUCCGCUCAUUGUCCAUGUUGCGCAAUUGUGUGGGCAUAGAGAAACGCGUUAAAAAAGAACUCAUCGAGCAGGGCAUUUUGGAUCUAGCUGAUUUCCCCAAUAAUGACGAGGAUGAAGUGCAUUCCGAAAUUAAAAGACUUGUUUCGGAACUCUCUGCCAUAGCUGAAUAUAACAGCAAUGCCCUCAAGCGUCUGCACGACGCAGCCACCGAGGAAAUAAAACGUUUGGAGGUUAAACGCAAACUUGAUGCCAUCGACCAGGAGCUACUAGAGACCUAUAAAAGAACGUUGCAAAACAAAGUAAAGCGCAAGCCACUAUCGCCAGAAGAGCAACAAGAGAUAUAUCGACUGACGGCCGAGCAAAAAGCUCUUUCGGAUCAAUUAGCCAACCAUUAUCCUGUGGAAUAGGUACGAUUCAAAAUGUGUAGUAGUAUGUAGCUCUCUAGUGCUAUUUCAACAAAGGUAUUAAAGACAAACAUAAGGUUGAAUGAUUCAUUAUAUUUUGUGGUCAUAAAAAGGAAUUUUUUAAUGUUUCUCUAUAACCGAUCAAAAAAAAAAAAUCAUAUAUUUAUAGUUGCAACUGCCUCAAAAAUAAAAUAAAUUAUACGAGUA